CAAUGACACAUAAAACUACUUAAGUUGUGUAUAGUUGAGAUUUGUAUUAGUGUAAUACCCUUUCUAUAUUACUCUAUGCCACGAUUUAAUAUUAUAGUCCGUGUCUGAAUCGUGAUCAAUGGCACUGUGUAGUCUGUGAUUAUAAUCACUGAUAAGGUCACACUUUACUUUUCAAUUAUAUUGGCUAUUUUUGUUUAUUUGUGAUAAAUAUUUUGUACUUAUGUGUAUAUUGUACUAUUGUUAAUUUAAUUUAAUUUUCUAAUAGGUUGGUUCCUAUGCUUUCGUGUUCUAUCGUUUCUAAUUAGUUUCAGGUUAUCCAAUUCCAAGUGUUUGUAAUUGAUAUUUUAUCAACAUUAAAUCAAAUUGUUCGUCAAAUGUUCUAGGUCUGUUUAUUUUGUCUAAUAAUGGAUUUCAUUGACGACGAUACAAGUAUUGACGUAGUUGAGAGAACUAAUAGGACUCUUUGGGUAGGUAAUCUUCAUCCAAAAGUGUCCUACAGUAAUAUAGUCGAACUAUUUUAUCAGGUAAUAACAAAAUGAUUCUGUGUAUCCAAAUAAUAUUUAUAAUUUAGUAAUUUUAAUUUAUAUAAUAUUGGUUGUUAUAAAGGUGGGGCCAAUUGAAUACGUUGAAUUUUCAUUUGAUGAGCGUCAAGUAUGUGAAAAUUUUGCUUGUGUGGUUUUCAAACAUUCGAGUUCUGUUGAAGAUAGUAUUAAGUUGUUUUGCAAUACAAAAUUAUAUGGAAUACCAAUUAUAACUAAAAACUAUUCUAAAAAUUCUAAAGAUCCUGUUUUUCAUGAGCAACUCGACUAUUUCAAGCAGCUUAUUAAUGUUGAACGUAGCAAUCGGUCAAAAGAAAUAAAUAAAAGUAGAUGGAAAGGUCAAAAUUAUGAUGAAAUUAAUAUUCCAGAAAGUUUGCCUGAACCUCCUUAUCAAAGUGUAUAUAGUAAUCCAAAUCAAGAUAUUUAUCAUCGCAAUUUAGGUAGUAUGCCUACCCAAAGUUACAAAAACUUGCCAUCCUUUUAUAACAAUAGUAACUCUUUUGCUAAUAAUCGUAACUCAAGUUAUCAAAAUGAACAUAAUUUCAGUGAUAAAAUAUAUUACAAUCAUGGAAGUUAUCAAAAAUCAGACUACAACAGCAUAUCUGAUUCAAUGGAAAUGUCUACUAACGAUCGAGAUUCAUAUCAUUAUCAAAAUUAUGAUAGAGAUUCAUAUCGCAGUCAAAAUUAUGAUCGUAAACAUCGUGGUUAUAAUAUUCACGCUUCAUAUAGUCGAAAAGAAACUAAAAAUCAUAUUCAAGAACCUCUGUGCAUCAAUGGAAAUAAUCCUGGUCAAGAUGAAUUGCCAGUGCGCGAUCUAAGGGAUACCAUGUAUAGAAAACGUCUCUUAAAUUAUAACAAUCAUACCGAAACAAAUAUGAAUGUAGCUUCUAAACCAUUAGAUCUAAGAGAUACUUUGCAUCACCGUAAGAAUAGUAGAUAUGAAGAUUUAGGACAACAUUAUGAAUCUGAUUCUAAUAAUAGGUGGUCAGAAAGAAAUCUUAAAAACGCACAUGGGAGUAGUGAUUUCUUAAAUAGAGUAUCUCGAAAGAAUUAUUCAAAUUCAGAGCGCUAUAUUGAAUCAACUACAAGACAUAAAAAUUAUAAUUAUGAACGAAACUUUAACCCAGAUAAAUCUUGUGUUAAUUCACAAGAAUAUGAAUAUGAAUAUCCAAAUAACUAUAAUAAGCAUAAUCAAGAUAAAUAUACAUCCUACAAUAAUAAGUUUAAUUACACACAAUCUCAAAACAUGGAGUCAAAUAGCCAUCAGUACAAUUCGUUCCAUCAAUACAAAAGAAAUGAUGCAAAUCAUAAAAAAAAAGAGUAUAAAAAUGUGUAUAAUGAGGAAAGUGAAAUGUAUCAUGGUAGGAGUCAUAAUAAGAAAGGUACUAAACAAUUAAGAAAACAUCACCAUUUAUAAAUAUAUAAAGUAAAAACGAUUGAUUUAUUUUUUUAAAUCAUUGGAACUGGUCUCUGUUAAUUUUUUUAUUUUUUGACAUAGUAUGUGACCUAUUAACACAAUUAUAAAAUUGAAUUGGGCAUACAAUUCUUAAAAAUAUUUUAUUUUCUGAGAUGGUGCUUCAUCACAGCUAUUAAGCAGUAAUCUGAUAAUGGUGAUGUCCUGUUGAUUUUAACACUACAAUUUAGUUUGGUCAUUUUAAAUGAUGAGUUAAGCUGCAUUUCUUUGGUUUUAAAAUAUUUUGAGUGAUUCACUGUUUUAAACCAUACUAGGACAAUAUUAAAUAGCAUACACAAUGGAUCAUAUAUUUGAUCUAUCCCAUAACAUGCACUAAUUAAAAAAUAAUUGUAUACUUAAUUUAACUAUAUUUCCAUUUAGCAUUCAGCUAAUGCAUUAAUGCAAAUAAUUUUGCUUUGUUUUACUUAAUUUUCAUAAAAUCGUAAAUUUUAUAAAUUGAUAAUUUAUUAUAUUACAGUAGUUUAGAUUAUCCAUUAUAACUGAGACCAGUAAAAGUAUAGAUAAUCAAUAAAUGCUUAAAACAAAAAUAUAUAUUUAACUAAAUAGACAUUUGCUAUCAUAAUUAAGUUUCAUUUUAUUGAUUUAUUAAGAUAUAAAAGAGCAUAUGUAUACACAAAAUGCCAAAGUGUGUCAUUCAGGGAUAAUUAAUAGUCUACUAAAUAAAAUUGUCUUGUAAAAUAAGAAUUCAGUAUCCAAAUCCAACAGUUAUAGGAACUGCAUUUUAAAAACUAAUAAUUUUUCUGUUCGUUUUGAACAAAAAUUUUAUUUGAACUUUUAAUUAUUUAUUCAAAUCAAAUCUAACAUUUUAUCAAAUCUAAACUGAAUUUUUGUAUUUAUUAAAUAAUUGAAAUUGUUGUCAAAUUAAUAUAUUUAAUAGUUUGAAAUCUAAUAAAUAAGUAAAUAUGUUUUCUUUAGUAUUUAACAUUCGUUGAAUAUAAAUUUAAUUAAUUACUUGUUUUCUUUAAUAUUUGGUAGUUAACUUGGUCUAUUAAGUGUUUUUGUUCCAUUUUUAAUUUAUAACUACAUUGAAAUCAUUUUAAGUUCAUAUUGGUUUGGUUUAAUUUGUAUUAUACCAAACAAAUUGUUGUGUACCAAAUAGUUUGGUUAUUCAUUUUGUAGUAAAUUGACUUAUUUUGUAUAACAUGUUAUAAUGAAAUUUAUUUUAAGUUAGUUAUGUUGGAUUUAUUAUAGUGAUAUUCUUUAUUAUUUUACUUAUUACUUUUUGAGUACUACAUAAUUUUCUUAACAGAUUAAAGUUUCUAAUGUUUGUAUUAUUAUAUUAUAAUAAUUUUUUCUUUUAUUUAUUAUUGAUAUUUAAAUAUAUAAAACAUAAUUUAGUUACACAUUCUUUUAUUUAUGAAAUUUCAUCAUAUGCUAUAACACUCAAUUAUUGAAAAUAAAUAAUUAUAUUAUGUAACAAUUUAGUAUUUUGUAAAGGCUAGUAUAUAGGAAUAUUGCAAAAAAAUUAAAUAUUCAAUUUCAUUGAUUUUGUUUAAAUAUACCAUUAUAUUUUUUUAUUUUCAAAUUAUUAUACACGUACAAAUUAUUUCUAAAUUAUAAAAAAAUUGUAAUAUGUACCUAACUAGUUUUAUUUAAAACAAACUAAAAUAUAAUUAUUUAAAAUAAGUAUAUCUAAGAAAAGCCUUUUGUAAAAUAAUUAAUUAAAACUAUUUACCUUUUAAUAAAAUUAUAUAUGUACUAUUGAUUUAAAACAACUGGCACACAUUAAGUUUUCUAAAAAUAAUUUUGAACAGUUAUAUUUAUAAAAAAAAAAAAUGUAUAUACAUAAUUAUUACAAUAUAUGAAAUUUAUAUUUAUCUACAAAUUGUCUUUAAUUUCCAGCUUAACUAAUUUCCAUUAAAACUACUUUUUCAUUUUUCACCAAAUGAGACGCUGAAAGAUUUGAAUCAAAACUAGUUUUUAUAAUUUCUACUAGAUGUUUAUUUCAAAUAUUGAAAACAUAUACAUGUUGUACAUUUUUGUAAACACAAUACCUUUUUUUAUGUGGUGUAUAUAAUAGCAAAAAUAUAUGAAUGUUAACUUAUAAGUAAAAUAAUAAUUUUAAAAUUUCGCAGACAUUAGGAUACGCAGUGGAAUACCUGAUUAAUGAUGAUAAUCUAGCCUUUAGAACAUGGAUCUAUUGAAAAUACUUUGUUCAACAUUUUUAAUUUUUAAAUUAAUCUACAUAGUAUAACAAAAUUUAAUCAACACUAUCAAUGUUCAUAUUUAUUUAACAUACAAGGCCUAAUAUAGCUAUUAAUGUAUAAACUAAUAACCUUUGUUUUUUUUAUAAUUAUUAGCAAGUUUUGGCAAUUAACGUUGUUAUAUUAUUUUUAUUAUUGUAAUAAAAAUUUUGUUUUUUUUCUAAUAAUAUUUUUAAUAGAUUGGAAUAGUUAAAAUGUGUAUACUUUAGGGAUAUUUUUUUCAUAUUAAUAAUAAUUAGUAAAAUAAUAUUUAUAAAUGGAACUCAGGAAAAUUAAAAAAAAAAAAAUUGUACAAUAGUGAUAUAGAAAUUGUUUUGGAGGAAAUAAAUCAUUAGACAUCUUAUUUGGUAAAAAACAGGGAAAUACAUCUUUACUAGAAACCAGAAAAAUGCUUUUGGUGAAACUGGUUUUAUCCUUCAUUUUAUAGUUCAUCAAUAUUACUAUUGAGAUACAAUCUUCUUCGUCUCCAUCCCUAAUAUUGAUGUUCAUUAUUGUGCAAAAUACUAUAAUUUUAAUAGGAAUCAUUAAAUUCAAUGUAUAAAACAGUCUUCAAAAUAAUAUUAAGAAUGUGAUGUUAUGGCAUCAUGAGGUUUGCCCAUUUGUGUCAGAACUUUAUCAAGCCAUUGAAGUGGUCCAUGCAAAUGGAUCUCAAUCCAACAUGGUGUACUAGUGACAUCUUGACGAUGAUAAUCAGCCCCCCAGCCUUUAACAAAUGACAUACGUAUUGUACACAUUUUGGUUAAUUCAAAAACAGCCUCAAACCCAUGAUUGACUGACUGUGAUAAAAGGCCAGCAAAUUCUUGAUUGUUAAAUAUACGUAAUGAACAACCUGGAGGAAUUUUACAUACAGUAGACGGAUGAAAACCAUGGUGUUGAUUACAGUUGCGUGACUGAACAAAUAUAGCAGAAUCGGAUAAACAUUCAGCAAAGACUUCACCACCAACAUAAUACAAUUGAACACCUAAAAAAAUAUUCAUCUUUACAUUAAUAAAAUACAAUUGCAUAACUUAUUGUUUUUUACCUUUGCCUAUAUGUCGUCUAGUAUUUUCAAUGGUUGAAUUACGAUUAACAUUCGAUAAUUGACCGAGACAAAACCGAUUUAAAUCAUUUCUAGGAUUUGUAAAGCCAUCAACGAUCACAUGAGGAGAAUGACACUGGUAUACUUCACCUACUCUAGAGUUGAGUUCAUAAUAAGCUAUACUAGCCCAACAAGGUUGUUCCUGACAAAAAGAUUACAUGUAUUUAAGAAAUAAUGUAAGUUAAAAAUGGUUAGGUAUUAUUUUAUUUAUACUUUAUUAAUAAAAUAUAGUUUAAGAAAACAACUGAUGCAUAGACUAACAAAACUACAUAUUCAUAAUUAUUAAAAUAAUAUAAAAACAUAUCUUUAUAUUAUGUAUAUAAAUACAUAUAUUUAUUAUUUCUACUGUAAUUGAGGAACUUUUUUAUUAAAAAAUUCUGAAAGGACUAUUAUGGUACCUACUGAUACAUCAGAUAACAUUUGUGUAUGAGCUUUUAGAUCCAAAUAAAAUAGGUUGAAUUUCAAUAAAAAUAAAAAUUAUUAACAACUUUAAUAUUAAAGAAUAUGUUUAGUUUUUUUUACACAUAACUGUAAUUAAAUAUAUAUUUUAAAUAUUAGUUAAUGAUAAAUAUAUUACUUGAUACACUAUUGGGAUACCAUCAAGGUCUUCUAAGUUCGUACUUUUUUCAAUAUUAUUAACUUUAGUUGGAUCUUCUGAUGAAGAAAAAGAAGAAUUUUCUGAAAUAUUUAUUCAUCAAUUACUAUUGUAUUAAUCAAAGAGUACAAUUUUAUUAUUAAAAAAGUCUUGCUCAAAGACAUUAAAUUAUUAAAUAACAGAAGAAAUUAUAACUUUUUUAACUUUGACAUAUUAUCAUUAAUACCUAUUAGAGAAGUAUCUGAGAAUGAAUUAAUAGUAUUUGUAGAAGGUAUUUGAUUAGGAACAUUUGAUGUAGUUUGAUUAUUAGUCAAUACACUUUCAGGAAAUCCAUCAGUGUUUAUUGAUACAUUUAUUGGCAUGCCAACAUCUAAUGGUGUUUGAAAUUGCUGUAAUGUUUGCUGUGGUGCAUAUUCACUUUGACGAGGAACUAAUACAGGUGGCAAAACUAAAAGUACAAAUACAUUAGUAAAUAUAUAUUUAGACAUAUUUUUUAAUCAGUAUCUAUGCAAAUGAUUGCUAUCAUACCAGGACUUUCGACUCUUUGAUAGUGGUAUGGAUUUAUGCAAACAUCUUUUUGUUUAGCAGAAAAAGGGAAUUGACAGUGGUCAACAGCUUUAAGUUCAUGAUGCGACUGAAGAUCUGGCCAUCGCCACACGCGACAAUAUAUUACAUGAGGCAAACCUUUUCUGUGAGAAACCUAAGAUAAUAUAGGUAAACUUUUAUUACAAGUUAAGAGUUAAAUAGAUAAAUACUAAAAUACUUAAAAUUUGGUAUUACUUGUAAUCGACCAUCAAGACUUCUUGGUAUAGUUACACAUUUACUUGGUUGUCCGGGUGAACUCAGAGCUUUUUGUAAAUCUUCUGUUGCACCUUUUGUUUUUUUUAAUUUCUUCAUCAGUGCAUCUACAGCUUUUUCAGCCCAUUUCUCUUCUUCAUCCCCUUGUUUCCAUCCUAAUAGUUUUUUUACAGAUGGGCUUGUAAAUGAAAAUAAACUAUUUAAGGCACUACCAGCAGAAUCCAUUUCUUCAACCAUCACUAUUACCUAUUCUAACAAAAAAAAAUAUACAUAUUAGUAAAUUACUUUUAAUAAAAAAACCUAGCUAUUUUACUUUAAAAUAUAGUCAUAAAUAUAAAUUAAUACUUACAAGUGAUCAAUUUUUAAUUUAUAAAUUGAUACACUUUGUGCGUUUGGAGACUAUUUGAAUAGGUAUUUUCUAGUAUAUAAGUACGUGUAAUUAUAAAAGGUUUACACAUCAACAUUUACUUUAAUAAAAUACUAUUUAUUUUAACUUUAAAAGUUUACAUUAUUAUUGAGCAAUUAUUUAAGAUGGUUAAGGAUUAGGAGUUAACAAAUUCAAUAGUUUCAGAG